AUGACCGCUCCACACGACAGCCCUACUGCUGCCUCCACCGGCGGUGAGCAGCUCGCGAUGCCGGCGUUUCGCAGCUACAUCAGCGUUGAGUUGCCCUUUACAGUGACGCCAACUGUCACCACAUCCUCGGCGAUGCUCGACGGCGCAGACCAGCUGAGCACGUCCGCACACGCGGGAGAGCGGCGUGAGGUGGAGGCCUUCCUGCCUGCUUCGUUUGUCGUUCCGUGUCUUCACCAUCCCACGCCACAGCAGACGAUGGCUCGCAGCGAUGUGAGUGGCGCGCACGACAACGGGGAGGAGCCGGAAGGAGAGGAGGAGAGCGGCGACGACAUGCCGAGUCGCAACAGCAGCGGCGACAGCGACGAGAGUGCGUCGCGCGCCUUCCCAUACACAGUGGUGAAGCGGCCAGCCGUUCAGGCGGCGCGCGAUGGGGGCAGCCAGCGGCGAGCGCUGCGCCUCCUCACGCGCUACCACCGCCACUACUGUACGGUGCCGAUCUUCAGCGGGUGGCGCAGUACUAACUGGGGCAGCGGCGGCGACGAGGAGGAUGAAGAGUAUUGGGCAAGCGACAGCGGGGUUGGCGAGGGCGGGGGCGCGGAGGCAGCGCACCUGCAAGCGCAGAAGCGCCGCCGCCGCGAGGCAUUUGCCUCGAUCGAGCCGCAGUUGCUCGUCAACGGGUACUACCGCAACGACCUGUUGCUGCAGGUGCGGCAACGCCGCCACAUCCGCCGGUACCGCGAUCCCUUCACCAACGCGGUGCUUCGCGAGGAAGAAGUAGACAACGUAGAGGAGGGGCAAGGGGGGUCUGCGCACGAUGACAAGGACGCGCGUGACACAGCCAGGACGAGUAGCGUAAGUGCGGAGGUCGUUGGGGUGGUGUCGCGCGAGAUGGAGCUGGCGCGUCCGGCCGACUUCACAUUUGCGCUCUUCACACCGGAGCAGCUGCAGGCGGCGCCGUCGCUCUGCGGCGCGGGCGUCUUUCCGCCGCAGCACUUCCUGAGCUCGCGGGCCCCGUUCGAGGUGCGGUACGAGCCCGGCAGAGACCUGAACACCGCUGUGGCGGCCGCCUCUGCAGCAACAGCGCCGGGAGGCGACAGGCUCGCGGUGGACGCCAACGAUGACUCGUCAGCGGCGCAAUACGACUUAGCGACGCUGCCGACCAUUAGCGUCAGCGCCGAGGAGUCGUCCGUGUUGCCGACGCGGCAGGCAGCGCACAACAACUUCCUGCGCUCGAUGGGAAGCUCGCUUGACGGAGGGCUCGACACUGACCCGCCCGAAGUCCAAAUGAUGGUGCGGCUGCUGGCGGAGCGGCCGUCGUGGGUGGUGCAGGACCUGCAGGACGCCAUGCUGCAGUCAGGCCUGUGCCCGCGCGCGUACCGCAACAAGCAGGUAAUGCAGUGCUUCACGUACCUCAUCCGCAACGGCCCGUUCAACCGCCUGCGGCUGCGACUCGGCUACGAUCCGUACGCGAGCGCCAGCAGCGCUGUGUAUGAGCGCAUCGCGGUGCGGCUGCUGCGCCGCUCCGACGUUGGCGUACGACUGCGGGACGUGUCGCGCUCGCCGCACAUUGAGAGUGUGCUGCGCCUGCUGCUCGAGCGCGACAAAGUGCGGCGAGCCGCGUACAAGGGUCUGCCGGGCCACGCGCGCCGCCUGACGCUGCUGGAGGUGCAGUGCCGCACCAUCGGCCGCGGGCAGCUCUACGUCCCGUUCCAGCUUGCCGACGUGAUGGAUGACCCGUACAUGGCGGACGUGGUGCGCAGCGUUGAGCCAGCGACUGCGCCGAUGGAGUUGGCGCGGCGCGGACAGCGGCGCGGCUGGCUCAGCGAAGCGGCGCACUCGCGCGCCACGGCCCACUACUCCGAGUCGCUAGCGGCGCUGCUGGAGAAGGAGGUGGAGCCGCGGCUGCGCAAGUUACAGGGCGAGGAGGACGCGGAGGAGGAGGCAGAGGACGCUAAUAAGGCCACGGAAAGCAGCACCUCAUCCUCGAGAGACGAGGAGUUGGAGGUCGAUGCUGACGAAGACGACUCGGCCAUGUCCUGCGUCUCCUCCGGUGAGUUCUCCGCAGUGGAGGAGGACGAGUAA